UCAAGAAUAAUUCAGCUUUACCAAGCCUACUGUGAAGAGGUUGCCUUUGAGCCAUUGAGCAGGAGCACACUCUACUCAAUCAUUCAGGUUUGCGCAGCUUCCCAACAGAAAUCUCUUUCUGGUCUUGACAACAUUGCAGCUGAGGGGUCGGAGGCAUUUGAUUCAUUCUUCACCAUUGCAGAAAGUCUUGGUGAUCUUCAGUAUCCAGCUGCUUCUCUUGAGGACCUGAAGAAAAAGAUCCGUUCUUCCACCAGUAUCUCAAGACAGAUUACAGGUUGCACAUCAGAGAGGCAAACCCGUGUGCAGACCACUGCAUUACCUUUGCUCUGUCAGAUGGACAAACCAAGUGCUCCCAUGACCAUGACUUGGUGUGUGAACGUUGUGAGGAAUUGAAAGAAAUGCUUGAUAUGAUGGAAGUUGCAUUUGAUAACCCAGAAGUGGUUUACAGGUACGAAAAGCAGUUAGAAGAACUGAAGUACGACUUCGAAGCCGGCCGAGAAAAAGUUCUGCAUCUGAAAUCCCAUAUAAUGAGAGCGAAGGACCAAGAGAGAUGCAAAGUUCAGAUUCUUCAAGAGCUGCAACCACAUCAGGCACUAAUAACAAUGGAUUGGGCCAUGAAGUUUCUGCCAACGAAAUAUAUGGAAGCGCAGCAGGAUUGGUUUGGAAAAAAGGGUGUUUCCUGGCAUGUGUCUGCUGUCAUAACUCGUGUUGAGGGGAACGAAUUUCAGAUCCACUGUUUCGUCCAUGUCCUGGACCAAUGCAAACAAGACUGGUUCGCAGUAUUCUGUCUUGUGGAAGCCACACUAUUGAAGGUGAAGUUGGAAACACCUACAGUGAAGGACGUAUUCUUACGCUCAGAUAAUGCAAGUUGUUAUCAUAAUGCUUCUUUACUAAUAGUAAUAUCGAUGAAAAACCUGCAACAGAUCACAGGCCUCACUAUCAGGCAAUAUGACUUUUCUGAAGCACAGGCAGGAAAGGACAUCUGCGACAGGAAGAUCGCGCCCAUGAAGUCCCACAUACAACGCUUUGUGUGUGAGGGACAUGAUGUUACUAAUGCAUCUGAGAUGAAGGAUGCGCUGGAGUGAUAUGGUGGUGUCAGAUGCUGCUAUGUUUCUUUUGUGACACUUGCAGCUGGUGCAUCUAACUAAUCUAAGGCUCUGACAUGGCCAGGAAUCACGUCAUUUACCAACUUUCGUUAUGAGGACGGUGGAAUCCGUGUU